CUGCUGCGGAAGGGGUACCAGGAACGCGACGCGGCCCCGCGUGUCGCCGUGCUCACCAAGGUGAAGGGGGCGGUGGCCGCCGAGGCCGCGGGCCGGCGGCUCUGGGACGCUGCGGAUCUCACCUGGCCCCCGCAGGGAGAAAAUGUGCUUUUCCUGGUGACUAAUUUCAUUGCCACGAUCCAGCAAGCCCAAGGCACCUGCCCUGAGAGCCCCUCUGUCCUCGACGGGAUGUGCAAAGAAGAUGCAGAUUGUCCCAUGGGAAACCCUGUGGUUCAUGGCAAUGGCAUAAAAACUGGGAAGUGUUUGAUGUUCAACACCACUCAUUCCACCUGUGAGAUCUAUGGCUGGUGCCCUGUGGAGAAUGGCACCCUGCCCAGGAAACCACUUCUGGCUGAGGCAGAGAAUUUCACUCUUUUUAUAAAAAAUACUGUCCACUUCACCAAAUUUAACUUCUCCAAGUGCAACACUUUACAAACAACUGACUCCAGCUAUUUCAAGAGCUGCACAUAUGAUCCAGUCUUCAACCCCUCCUGCCCUGUGUUCCGUGUCCGUGACAUGGUGGAGGCAGCUGGAGAGAACUUUGGAGACCUCGCACUGCUGGGAGGAAGCAUCAGAGUUCUUAUUGAGUGGAACUGCGACCUGGACCACCCCGCUACCCAGUGCCAGCCACAGUAUUCCUUCAGCCUGCAGGACAGGAGGUACAAUUUCAGAACUGCCUCCUACUACUGGGGCUCGCAGCGGCAGCUGUACCGAAACCUGCUGAAACUCUAUGGGAUCCGCUUUGACCUCUCCGUGCACGGCCAGGCUGGGAAGUUCAGCAUUGUUCCUACUGCCGUGAGCUUUGGCACCAGCAUCGCCUUCUUUGGUGCUGCUACAAUAAUCUGUGACCUGGUUCUGCUCUACCUGGAUGCAAAGGCUGACCUUUAUUGGAAGGGGAAGUUUGAGGAGGAACUGCCGCAGGUAAAACUGUGCCGCCAGCUGCUUGGUCAUGAUCCUCAGCGCCAGGAAGGCAGCCACCAUUUCAAGGAGGAGGAAGACCAGGAACAAGCUGUGCAUGGGCACCUCCAGCGGCAAGUGGAUGACCUGGAUGUCUGUCAGCAGGAAGAGCAGGAGGGGCAGCUGGAUCAGGAAGGAGAGGAGCAGGAAUCCAGCCAGCUCGGGCACCUGCAGGAUCAGAACCUGAUGAGAGGAGGCAGUGGUGGGCUGGGGGGACCCUCUGUGCCCCUGGAGCUUCCUGCAUCAGCUUUUGCUGGCCUUGGCACCCAGGAACCAGGGAUGUCCCUGCCACAUGGAGCUUUGGUCAGAUGCUGUCAACCCCCCCCCCAGUACUUAAGGGUAACACAGGAGAGAUACAGCAGGAGGGCAAAUGGGUCCCCUUCAUUCCCUCUCUCCAGGUCAUGCCUGCACCCAUGAUUCCCUUCUGGGACAGCUCCAGGUAUAACUCCAGAGGAAGGACAAUGAUGGACAAUGGUCCUAAGGGAGGGGACGUCCAGUUCUCCCAUUUGGGCUGAUCCUCACUAAGCACAAGGGCCUUUGUGGCCAGGGCAGGCAGUGCUUACCUUCUCCUGGAGGUUCCCCAGGUAGCCCAGGUAGAGGCGGGAGCCCUCAGCCAGUGAGAGGAUUAGGAAGGCUGUGACCAGCAGGAACUGGUAGUGCCAAGGCAGCAGGUGGUACUGUAAUGGGGGCACAGCCUUGUCCGAGUCCAGCUGUCCAUGCCCAGUUUCCCUUUACCUGUGCACCAUUCCCUGUUCUCUAUGCCCAGCUCCCUGUGCCCUCCUCUCCAUACCCAGCUCUCCGUGCUCUGCCAGCUCUCACCAUGCUGGUGCCUAGCUCUGCCUACACUUCCCAACCAUGUUAACCAUUCCUGCCUUGUUAGUUCAUGAGUUUCAUCUCUAGCAGAGAUGAACAAUAUUUUCUCAUGGGGAUCAGGGCAUUUUGGGGAUCCAUUAAUUCUGAAGAGGCUCCUCUAUCCCCUGCCCACAUUGUCCCCCACCCAAGCCCAGGGAGAGUUGGCAGGAGCAGCUCCCCCCAUCCCUGCAUGCCCCAUGGGAUGGUACCUUCAGGUGCAACAUAAUCCCCUCAGCCAGGCACCAGACUGGGAAGUAGUAGACGUUGAAGUAGAGCAUCAUCUGGAGGGGCAGGCUGGACAACACCUCGUGAGCUAGGCAGGACAAGCAGGGAUGAGCAGGCUGCUCACAAGCCCUGAGGUCCCCCUGCCCCUGGGGUCCCUCACAGCUUGCAGAGGGGAGCAACAGACCCUGGGUCCCACAAACAGCUGAUUGCAGCAAAUGUUCUUAUUUUUGCUCCCCUCUUUGGUGGGUGCUGCUGCCUCAGAGGCACCCAGGUGCUUUGGUGAUGUGCUGAGCAGGGUCACAGUGAUGGACAGCCCCUGUUCCCAAGCCCCCUCUGCAGAGCCCUUCUGCCCGUACCUGGCUGGUAGGUGUGGGCGGUGCCACUAUCCCACGUCUUGUUGUUGAUGAAGAGGGAGCCACUGAAGGCCACCAAGCCCCGGCGCAGGCUGGGGGGCAGCGGGGUGGGUGCAGCCAUGGACAGCAGCUGAGCCCUGCUCACCCCAGCCCGGCUCAGCUGGGAUUAGCCAGGAGGGAAUCAAUGAGAUGACAGGCCAGGCUAAUGCGCAGGGCAAGACGCCCAUUGGCUCCCUGGGGACAGGGUUGCUGAGCUGGAAGGUGGAUCUGGGGAAGGGACCUUCAAACACCAAGCCCACGCAGGAAUCACAAGAUGGAGUUGCAAGGAAAUCACAAGUCACAGAGCAUCUCCCCUCUGCAGCACCUUUAGGGGGUGACGGCUGGUUGUAUCUGCCACCGUGACUUGCAGCAACUGCACCCUCUCCCAGCCAGGCUCUAUCAACACAAAUAUUGCUCAAAGACCCCUGACAGAUGAGGAUGCCUCAUGAGAGCAUGGUUCUCUUCCCCUGAAAUGCUUCUUCAAGGCCUCCAGGUUCACAGAGUAUUUAACCACCACUGUGAAUUCCCUGAGCCCCAUCCAGGCUCAGAGGUGCUAGGGAGGGCAGUGGGGGAUGACAUGUUAGGGGGUGGUUGAGCCAGAGGUGAAUGGCAGGGAAAAGUUCUUCAGUAACUUCAAGUUUAAAAUCACAGAUUAAGGUGGGAAAAACCCUCUAAGAUCAUGAGGUCAAACCAUUAGCACAACACUGCCAGGGCCACUACUAAAGUAGCUA